AUGGGUUGCGGCGCAUCUUCCUCUGCUUCUGCCCCUAACGCUGAUGAGGCUGUCAAGGCUGCUUCUGUGGAGGACUCCAAGACUGCGGGCCAGUCGGCUGAGUGUUGCGAAGGUAAACCAGCUGGAGAGGAAUGUAAGGGUGAUUGCAAAGAAGCUCAUAAUGAACCGGAAAAGAAUGAAACUGGAGGUCUUGAAGAUAAGAAGCCAGAAGAGAGUCCCGAUGAGAAGGAGGAAGCCCCUAAGGAUGCCGGGGAGGAGCCUGCUGCUGCUGCUGCUGAGGCUGCAGCUGAAGAAGGUGCGAAGGAGGAAGCUCCCGCCGCUGAGGAGAAGGUGAGGCAUCGUUGA